AGCAUUUUUAAAAUCCAAAUCUCAAUAUGACCUAUUCUGUGUCAUGAAAGCUCUGAGUUUAUUCAAUUUUUGCUUUCAAAACUGUAAAAUAAGUUUAAGGAAUUAUCUAUAAUUUCGUUUCGGUUAUUACUAGUGUUUAUCAGCAGUUUUUUUUUACUUAAAUAUCUAUAUAUGUGAUACCUUGAAAAUGAACCCAACAAAGUGGGAGAAAGUGUUAGUGCAAUGGAUCAAUUGCUUGCAAUUAUUGAAACCCAUCAAUACCCUUGAGGAACUACGGGAUGGACAGUUUUUAAGACGCCUUUGCAAACAUUUCAAACAAACAAUAGACCUCAUACCUGAUGAUGACCUCACAGUGAUUUUUGAACUUCUAGUACAGCACUAUCCUCAAAUAAAGUUCAAUGAAAUGGACAGUGUCCAUAUAAGUGAUUUACUUAGCUCUGAACUUGUUUAUUUAACUUCACUUUUGAUGCAUUAUACUUCUGUUUAUGAUAGGCGAGUUGCAUUUACUGAGCCUAUGUGUACAAUGUUAGAUAGUAAUAGUCAGAUGAUGAUAAAGGAGUUUUUGGAAAAAAUUUCAUGUGAGACAACCACUGAAGAACUGGAAGGUAUAAUUAAGGAAAUAUGCACAGAAGAUUCCAAAAGCCUAACAUGUCAGUUUCUUCCACUGAUUAAUACUCCCAUAAAUAAAAAGAGUCCCUUGCAAAAGUUCUUUUCAACUCCAUUCUCAAAAACACUUAAAUUUCAAGAAAAAGACCGUCAAAUCGACAAACUUAGACGCGAGUUAGAAAUAGAAAAGGCAGAACGGACUGAAUGUGAGGUGGAGAACAAAAAUCUGGUAGAGAAAAACAAGAAGUUAGAAUUUCAGUUGAAACAGAAAAAUGCCGAACUCAAACGAUUAUGCUCGGAAAUGGAGUCUCUUGAUGUAGGAGAACCUCCAAAAUCUCAUGAUACUACCUGGAAUGAAACUCAAAGGCUGUUGAAACUAGAACUUCAAAGUUUGGAGGAAUACAUAGUGCAUUGUGACAAGGAAGGUGAAGAGCUGAGAAGGGAGAGGGAUGAAUUGAGAGAAAAGAAUAAAACCCUAGAAGAGUCUUGUCAGAUGUGGCGAGAAAAGUAUCUGGAGCUUGACGAAAAGUUUGAAAGCACCUAUGAAGAUUUCUGUGAUCUUAAAUGCAAAAAAGACCUUUUGUAUUCAAAAUGUAAUGAGCUGGAAAACAUGUUAGAUGAAUUUAAAUCAAAGUCCGUAAGCAGUUUCGAUGAGAGUAUCCCAUUGAAAAGAAGAUCGGGAGGUUUUGAUCUGUCACAAUCAGUGCAAGAUUUGGGUCACACAGUAAUUGACCUUCAAUUAAGAGAAGUACAAACCAAACUAGAGAAAACAGAAAACGAGUUAAAGGUGGCAUUAGAACAGAACCAGAGUCUCUUGGAGGAUAUCACAGUAUGCACAAAUAGCAAAAAGAAAGUAGAAGCUGAACUAGAAACUUUGAAACAAGAACAAGGCGUGUUAAAAGCUAAUUUGACAGCACAGAUUAACACGUUAAAAUCUGAAAAAUCUUAUCUGGACACUAAGUUAACUGAACUUGCAAAAGCUUUAGAUACUGAGAAGCAGAAACUAAACAAUGUAAGUGGGGCUAAGGAUACACUCGAACUUGAAUUAACUAACACUAAAAAUCAACUACAAGGAGUAAUGUUUGAAAAAACAGAAAUGGACAAAAAAUAUAGUAGUACUUUUGAAAAAUGGAAUGAUACCAUAAAAAGGCUUGAAGAAACUGAAGAAGUUUUGAAAUCCACUGCUUUACAGUUAAGUAAAGUAAGUUCUAAUAAAGAAGACUUGGAUAAGCAGUACAAUAAGAUUUCAGAAGAACUAACUGUUAGUUUAAAAAGUCUUAAAGAAACUCAAGAUAACUUAAAAUUUACAGAAUUACAACUUCAGAAGAUCACUUUUCAUAAGGAAAAUUUAGAAAAGCAGUCUGAAAACAUAUCUGAAGAAUUAAAUACUGUUUCGAAAAAGCUUGAACAAACUUUAUGUUUCUGGAAAGCUACUGAAUCGCAACUUCAAGAACUAACAUUUAUCAACCAAAAUUUAGAAAUUGAACAUAGAAAAACAUCAGAGCAAUUGGUUGCUACUUUACAAGAGCUUCAAGAUGCGUCAAAUAUUUUAAAAAUUACUGAACAGCAACUACAUGAAAUGACUUCUGUAAAAGAAAAAUUCGAGAAACAGUAUAGUGAGAUUUCUAUUCAACUAAAUUCCACUCUAAAAAAGCAUGAAGAUUCGGAAGAAGCUUUGUUAAGAGUUAAAGAGCAACUUUCUAAAAUCAGUUUAGAGAACGACUUUUUAUUAGAACAGCACAGGCAAACAUCUGAAAAUUUAGCAAAGAGUUUACAACAACUUCAAGAGUCCGAAGACCUUUUACAAGCCUUUGAACAGCAACUUCAAGAGCUUACUUCUAGUAAAAACGACUUGGAAGAAAAAAACAACGAAAUUUCUAGAGAAUUAAUUUCCACUUCAAAUAAGCUUCAUGAAACCGAAUGUUUUUUGAAAAGUAUUGAAUUACAACUUUCUGAAGCAACUUCAAAAAAAGAUGACGUAGAACAACAGUUCACAAAUAUAUCCGAAGAAUUGGCGUACACGUUGAAACGGCUUCAGGAAACUGAAAAUAGUUUAGAAAAUGUCAACCUGCAACUUUAUGAAGUCAACUUGACUAAAAAUCGAUUAGAAGAACAAUAUAAAUGUACAUCUCAAGACUUAAACGACACUUUAAAAAAACAUCAAUGCGCCGAAGAUGCCGUAAAAAAAUCUGAAUUUAAACUUAAAAAAGAACUUUUAAAUAAAGAUAACUUGUUGGAACAGCAAAGAAAAAUGUCAGAAGAGUUAGCUGCUACUUUAAGCCAACUUCAGGCAACUGAAACUAAGUUAAACAUGGCCAAUUUGCAACUUCACGAUAUGACUUCAAGUAAAGAACACUUAGAUUUACAGUAUAACAAUACUUGUGACGAAUUAUCUACUGCUUUGAAAAUGCUUAAUGAGACCAAAGAUACUUUAAAAUAUAUGGAAAAUGCACUUCGCGAAGUUACUUCAGAAAAAACUAAUCUGAAAAAGACCUUUGCUGAUAUGUGUGUAUGUUUAGACGAUGCCUACAGCGAACUGAAGGAAUUAAAAUUAUAUAAUGCUUCAGUUGCUGAAGAGUUAAAGAAAGCCUUGCUUGACAAGGCCGCAAUGGAAGAGGAAUUAAAGUGCACCCAACAGGCUCUAGAAGACAUGACAGUAGCAUUGAAAGACACCAUAACCGUUAAACAGGAAACCACAGAGACUUUGAACUUAGUUCAAACUGAACUAAAUAAGAAGCUAGAAGAAUUGGAAAACAUAGAAAAAGAGUCUAAUCUUUUGAAAAAAGAACAUCAACAGUUGAAAAAGAAAGAAUUUGAAUUAAGUAAAAAUCUGGAAGAAUCACAAUACAUUUUAGACAAAACUCGAGGUGAGCUAAAUGUAAUAAAAUUGGAAAAAGAUAAGCUUAAAUUUGAUUUUGAAGAUGUCAAAUUAAAAUUACUGGAUAUGACCAAAAGUGAACGAAAGUACAAAGAAAAUUUGAGUAAAAAAGAAACCGAACUCAUAAUAGCUUUGCAAGACUUGGAUGAUGUUAAACAGAACUUAAGUAAAACACAUGAACAGCUUUCACAAAGUAAAGCCAGUUUUAGGACUGUUUCAAAUGAUCUCUGUGUUACCUUGGAAGCUAAAGAAGUUCUUGAAAAGAAACACUUGGAUAUAGUAGAUCUUUUAGCAGAAUCUACCCAUGAAUCCAAUAGAAAUGAACAACUUUUGCAAAAAAAGAGCCAAGAAAACGAUUUUUUGAAGAAACAAGUAAAUGAAUGGGCAGCAAAAUGUGAAACCACCAGUACAAUUUUGUCUGAAAGUCAAAAAGAAUUAUCAAUUGCAACAGAAGAUCUACAAGAAACGUUGUUAAGAAAAAGACGAUUUGUACAUGACCUCGAAAUAUUACAAGAAGAUUACAAAGCUUUAAAGCAAUAUACAGAAUCUAAAACAGACGAAAACUUUAAAUUAUCGCAGAAUUUACAAAAAGCCCAAUUGAAAAUAUCGGACUUACAAACUGCUUUAAAUAGUUUGAUGGAGAAUCACGAAAAACUCACAGAUGAAUAUGCCAAUGUAAGAGAUGAUCAUCGAAUAAAAUGUGAAGCUCUUGAAGAGGCCUCGAAACAAUUGGAAAAUGUUAAAGAAGAACUGAGACUAACAAGAGAAGAAAAAACAAUGUAUUUUAAGAAGUUCGAACUUGGUAUACAAAAGUUGCAAGUAACUGAAGAUCGUUUUGAUAAAAUGGUAGCUGAGAAUGAUAAACUUAAGAUAUCCCUUGAAAGACAGAUUGACGAGUUAUUAACAAAUGUACAAAGUGUGGAAGAAGAACGGCGAAUACUUAAAGCGUCCUUAAAUGAGACUCUCGCUAAACUAGGUCAUACUGAAAGCAAAUGUCAGGAUAUUGCCAAUGAAUUGCAAUCGGCGCAAGAAGAAAAAACUGUUGUGAGUAAUUUCUUGGAUUUAAAUACCAAUGAACUAAGAAAAGUUUCUCAACAAAAAGAACAGAUCCUGGAAGCUUUAGAAAUGAGCAAUAAAGAUAAAUUGGAACUGGAAAGAGAGAUUAAAAAGUUGAAACUUAUAGAGAGCGAAAGGAACUUGCUUGUAGAGCAAAAUUUGGCAAUUGAAACCGCCUGCACAGACUGGCAAAAGAAAUAUAGUGAGGUUUGUGAAGAUGUUGCAAGAAGAAUCCAAGAGUUUGGCCUAGAAAAAAAAGAGCUUCAACAGCUACUUAAAAAAAACAGUGUUUUAAGUGAAAUUCAAUUUAAUGAACUACAAAAGAAGUACAAUGAUGAUAUUAAGAUCAAAUCAAAGCAUAUUGAUGCGUUACAAAUAAAAAUGGGUCAAAGACUUGAAGAAGCUUUAGAAAAAAAUUAUAACUUUGCUGCUAAAAUUAAAGAAAAACUAACUGAAAUUCAAAAUAAGCAUAGUAAAGAAUUUGAGGCUAUAUCAGACCAAUUUAAAAUAAAAAAAGAAGGUAUUUGCAACAAAGUCUUAAGAGUAAAUGGCCAGCUUACAGACCAAAUUAAACUUAAUAAUUUAAUGGACAAAAAAUCCCAAGACAUACAUAAACAAUAUGAUUUUCCGUCCCCAGUAGAGGUGAUGUCAAAUGAUUUUGAAACAUACAAACUUGCAAUGUUUGAACAACUUCAAGGAGUUUUAAGGGAAAAGGAUAUGGAGAUAAAAAAUGCUGAGAACAGUUAUAAAAUGAUACUGGAAGAGCUUGAAGCUCAAUUAAAAAAAAACGAUUGCGUUGAAGCAGCAAGGAAGAAACUGCUAGAAGAUAAUUCAGAGAUAUUGGAAAGUCUUCAGAAGUUGAUAAAGGAGAAAGAAGCACUUUUCAAUGAGCUUUCUGAAUUGAAAAAAGAAAAUGAAGAUUUACAAUAUGGAAAAAAAGACUAUGAAAGUGAAAUUAAGAAACUCCUAUCAGACAUUGGGGAAUUAAAAGAACGUUUAGAGGACUCAAGAAAAACUAAAGAAGAAUUAGUUGCUCAUAUACAGGAAAAACAACGAGAAAUGGCAGACUUGGAAAACAAAGUCAAAAGAUUAAUGCUAGAAGUAGAAGAUAAGACUAAAGAAAAAAAUGAAAUUUACGAUCAACUUCAGAGAUACGUGGAGGAAAAAGCCGAAAUUGAACAAAAAUUGGAGCAUGUACAAAAAGAAAAUGUUAUUUUGAUCCAGGAACGCGACUCCCUAUACGAUAAACUGCAAACUUCGUUAGAGGAGAACCAGAAAAUUUUGCUUUCUCGUGAGCUGAGUCAGGAAGAAACACAAAAAAUUAAGCGGGAAAUGAACAAUCUCCUAAAAACACAAACGGAAAUCAUGAUAGAGACGGAGGCAAAUUUACAUCGCGCCCAUUCAGCCGCCGUGGAAGAAAAAAAAGACUUGAUCAGGCGAACAGAAAGUGCUGAAAAUGAAAGAGAUAAAGUGCGGGAGGCAUAUGUAGCCGUCAAAGCUUCAAAUGCGAAAUAUGAGUUAGAAAAUUCAAGUUUAAGAAAAAUGUUAGAAGAGCGCACCUCUCAGCUAAAGCAGUUUAGUCAAAUAAAAGAGGCCUAUGAUAAAUUGCUAGAGGAUAACAUUAAAUAUAUGAAAGAAGUUGAAACGCUCAAGGUGAAACGAGGUAAAGACCGAGACGAGUUUGUCCGUCUCAUACACAAAGAAAGGGAAGAGGGAGAAGCCAAAAAACAAAAAAAGGUAAAGGAAAUCCGAACAGAAUACGAAGAAAAGCUUGAAAAAAUGAAAGACAAAAUGGUACAUCUGUAUCGGGAAGAAGUCAACAAAGAAAUGCAGAAGGUUAAAGCUGAAACUGCUGAACUACAUAGGACUAUCGGAGACCUUCGCGGUGCUCUUUAUGAAGCAGAAGAAAAAGCUAGCAGGCUUCAAAAGGAUCGAGACGUCGAUAGUUACAGAUCAAGGGAAUCGGUACACGGGUUACCCUUCGAGCGAGUAGCUCCUAAACAGGGCGUGUCAAGUUUAAGAGGACGCGGUAACAAGGUGGCUGAUAGAGACAGCAUUAUGAGUGCCCAGAGUACUCUUUCUUUAAAAGAGGGUGUUAGUAGAGAUCAACUUCAAAGAGUGCGAAGUGCCUCGACUCUUCAAGACCCGGAAAUAGUCGAUCGGCUGUUUAGAAAUAGGAAAAUGAGCACGUUACCCUCUCGCAUGGAAAAUGCUUUUGUGGAGGAAACUAUAACUGUGUCGAGAAGAACUUCUAUUAACAGUAUUGGGAGAAAUUUAGAAAUGGAAGAUGAGGAUGGAGACAUGUUUAACAACAAAUAUUUGGCGGAUCUAAAAGAUGGGCGAUGCAUCACUAGCAUAGAUAGGGAAUCAAACGUGAAUCGGAUGUCGGAACUGGCCUGGAGGAAUUCAAUGGUACCUCCUCAUCUGAAGAGUUGCUAUCCAGCCGAAACACAAUUUGUCAGCCCGUCAAAGUUUAAAGAAAAUGAAAUUAAGAUGGGUGCUGGACCCGAACCAAUGGAUGACAGCAUGGUCAAGCUGUUACCAGGUGAGAAACCUAGGCAGAAAAAAGACUUUGGAACAACUUCAUACAAGAAACCAGGUCCGCCAACACCUUCAAAGAAUGGUGGCAGAUCCUCAUUAACGGGAAAUGAACUUCCUUUAAGGGAUGGAAACAAUAGAAACUCAACAACCCCUAAUAAAAAGGUCACACCAAAUCGUAUACGAUCUUUGUUCAAAGGAUUUACCAAAGAAGGUUUCACUAGCAGGGAAAACGCGGAGAAUGUUACUCCAAGAGCUUCCAGACGACUGUCAAGUUUGUUUAAAAAUAAUAAAAGAUAAAUUAGGUGAAGCCAACUAUUUUGCUACCCUAGAUAUUGCGAAUGGAUUCCACCAAAUUGAAGUCGAUAAUGAAAACGAAGACAUCCCUAAGACAGGCUUUCCGACAGUGGACACCGACAGUGGAUCUUCUGUGGCCAUUUCGUCUUCGGCAUGAUUAAAGUCAGUUUAAGACUUGAAUCAAUGUUUGACUAUUUAAAGAAAAAUAAUUUUAUAAGAUAAAUAAAUAACUUCUAUA